UCCAGAACGUGAUGAGCGUAAUGGAGCCGGCCUCUCAACCACACGUCCGCAGAUAUCAUCCAGUAUAUCGAUAUAUUCAGUAUACACUCGCAUGGUCUUUCCUGCGAUGAUCACGCAUCUCGAAUCAUUAUCAGGCGGGCUUUGCGCAGUUUGGGAAAUUCGCCUUUUCAAAAAUCCGGGGUCUCGACAACUGCAGAGCUCAUCAGUUGGAACGUGAAAAUCUGUCCCAGGACACGCUCGUAAACAAAUCUAUCCAAUCGCCUUCUACUCGUCAAGGACCAUGUCGAUUCGAGAAGCAGACUUCCAAAAUGGAUGAAUCUGAUCAAUUCCGAGACUGUCAGCAGAGUUCGAAACGAUCCAAGGUCGCCACCGAGCAAUCCCAAUCUGUUGUGCCACCAGCUCUUGAUAUCGACGACAAUACAGAAUCAACAGAAUUCAAGCUUGCCAUCCUAGCGUCCCUCCAUUCAGAUCUCAGUCAAGACGUUCUCCUGGACUACCUCUUGGCUUAUGAUGGUGAUAUUGCCAAAGUCUCCAAAGCCAUCUCUGGCUCUUCAUCCGGCACCGACUUGAAGCGCAAACGCGGCGCUGCUCUUGGAUACCAAGCCUCAUUGCAUGCCUAUGCGAAGAAGGAUGGCGCUGUUCAGGGCGUUCAGCGAAGCAAUACGAAGGCGUUGACGAAAAAAGGGAAGACGCUGCAUCUUUACUCUCCCGAGGAUAUCGAAGCGAACACUCCGUGCACGAUGAUCCACAACUUCCUCACCAACGAUGAGGCGGACGCAUUGCUGAAGGAGUUGCUACAAGAGUCGACUAGUUUCCACAGGAGCAAUUUCCAAAUGUUCGAGAGGACGGUUCAAAGCCCGCACACGUAUCGUUUCUACGUCGACAGUCUCGAGGAGGUCGAUGAGCAAAAGAAAGAGUAUCUCUGGGGUGGCGGCGACGGUUACGAAGCCAAUGUCCGACAGAGCACGCCGUGGAUGCUCAAGCUCUCGACCAAGGUCCAAGCCAAAGUCAACGAAGAGAUUCAACGACGCACCCGUGACUACCAACCUCUCGGACAAAAGCUCAAAUUCCAAUCCCCCGACCCCUGGACUCCCAACGCCAGCUUCGUCAAUUGUUAUUCAGGCGGCAAAGAGCAUGUGGGCUGGCAUACGGACCAGUUGACUUAUUUGGGUCCUCGCCCCAUCAUCGGAAGCCUCUCCCUCGGCGUCGCACGAGAGUUCCGCAUCCGCAAGAUCCUCCCCCCCGAGUCGUCCACCCCAGGCGACAACAAGAACGAACCGACCCACGGUGACGAACAAGGCCAAAUCGCCAUCCACCUCCCGCACAAUUCCCUCCUGAUCAUGCACGCUUCCAUGCAGGAAUCCUACAAGCACUCUGUCGCCGCCACCCCGACCAUCACGCCCCACCCCAUCGCCGGGACGAAGCGCCUCAACGUGACCUACCGCCAUUACCGCGCGGAUCUCCACCCGCGACUCACGCCGCGAUGUCGAUGUCAUCUGCCUACCAUUUUGAGAUGUGUCCAGAAGCGCGCGGUCUCCCGUGGCAGAUAUGUUUGGAUGUGUCAUGCGGAUUCUACGCCGGGCAAGAAGAGUUGUGGCUUUUUCGAGUGGGCGGAGUUUGAUGUUGAUGGGAGGCCGAAGUGGGCGGUGGGCUUCAAGGGGAACGCGAACGGGCCAUUGACUGGGAUGGGAGACGUGGAUGGUGGAGAGCUGGUGGCUAUGGAGAAGGACGAGGUCGAUUCGGUCAAGCAGGAAGCUGAUGGGAACAGGCUUCAGUGAAGAGAGUCUUCACAAAAUUGAUGGGAAUGAAACAUCGUCCUUAAUCUAGCAAGUCCAACGCAAUACUUAGACUUGAGAACAUCGGUGCUCCUCGCAGACUGUAGUGGCUUCAUCAGAGAUCCGCCAGAAUGCUCACAAGGAAGCCGUCACCACACCGUCGGCACAGCUUCACGGGACGACGAUGCCGUGGCCGCCAUCGUCAUCAUCGAGUCACGAAUUCGCCGAGGAAUGGGAG